AUCAUGUCACUGACGUCAGAGGAGAAGUGGAUACACUUCCGCAUUCCUCAAACACGCAUGGUUGAUUGGUGUAUAAAACAGUAAUGGGCAAACUCAAGAAAUCUCGUAAUCGCAACACGUUUUAUUACAAUGCUAAUAAAAAGAAACUGAAAAAGAAGUUGAGGAAGGAUUCGCACAUCGAAUGAUCAGAAAGGCUUGGGAUGACCAGAAAACAGCAAAACAAAAUCUUCAAGACAUGGGGUUGUUAUUUGGAACCAAAUGCAUGCUUCCCAUUAAAGCUAAAAAGGGCAAACAGGAAAGCGAACCAAUGGAGACAAAUGUUUUGCUCAAACCCUACGUCGUUAAAGAAAUGGAGGCAGAGGCCAGUCUCAAAGGGAAAGACCGAACAACAUGCUCCACCGACAUGAUUGAGUAUGUGCAACACAUGGUUAGGGAACACAAUGAGGAUUACAAGGCAAUGGCAAUGGCAAGGGAUGUGAAGAAUCACUAUCAGGACACACCAAAACGGAUCAAACGGAAAGUUGAAUUAUACAAACGAUGUCAUUCUGAGGAGUAUGCUGUGUUCAUUGCAUCCCUGCUGGCUCAGAUGUCCACAUAAUGUCAUAAUGAAGAGAUGAAUUUGAACCGUUUCUCAAAUUGACAUCCAGAACAUUAUCUUAGCAGGUGUCUUUUAUGGGCUACAACUGUUGAAUGUUGGAAUAUGUUAAAGGAAUGGUUAAGAAAUGCAAAAAUGAUAAUUCUUUCAUCAUUUACUCUCCUUUAUGCUGUCUCAAACCCGUAUGACUUUUGCUUCUUCUGCGGAACACAAAUGAAUAUAUUUUCAUGGCGAUAUGAAGUGUUUUUGUUCAUACAAUGCAAGUCAAUGGGGCCAACAAUUUCAAGCUCUAAAAAAAAGACAAAGGUAAUCCAUACAAAUUGAGUGGUUUAAUCACUAUUUUUCACCCAAAACUGAUUGUAUGGCUUCAGAAGACAUGGAUUAAACCACUUGAGUCACAUGAAAUACCUUUAUGCUGCCUUAAUGUUUUUUCUUGGAGCUUGAAAGUGUUGGACCCCAUAGACUUGCAUUGUACGGACAAAAACACCACAUACAUCCUUCAAAAGAUCUUCAUCUUUGUUGCACAGAAGAAAAUCAUGUGUUUUAGACAGAAUGAUCAUUUUUGUGUGAACUGUUCCUUUAAUGCCAACAACUGCAUCCGAUAGAUGUUUACUUUUGAAUGCUUCUAUCCGAGAAAAUUGUGAGCAUCUUGAGUACUUGCUGAAUUUUUGUAGUUUUUAUUCUUAAAGAGAAACAAAUACUGUUUUCACAGAAAAUGACAAUUUAUAAAGUCAAACAUUCUGACUUUAAUGAAUACAUUUUGUGUUUUAACAAAUAUAAUACAUCCAUUUGAUAAUCAGAGAUUUGUACACAAUUGUAAGCAGCACUGCAGUAGUGUUAAUAUAGACAUUGCCGUUUCCUCACUAUCACUCUUAUCUUGAGAUGUCACAUGUGACAUGCUGAAUAAAACAAGCAUGGCUGGUUGGAAUCGAGGUUAAAUUAUAUAUGAAGUCUGAACCUGUCUGAGGGCAGCUGUUGUAAUAGAUGUUUUCUGUUCGAGGUUCUUUACAGGAAUUGUAAAUGUACAAGAGUGCUGAUUGUUACAAAGUGGCGCUGAAAAUGGUACAAACCCCCACAAUAUAAAACUGUGGCGUGUUUCAAAUUGUGAUUUGCACACGUAUUUAUUUUCUCCAUCUAGCUCCAUCUUAGGAGCGUGACCGUCUAUAUAGCCAUCGUAAUUUGAAUAAGAUGUACUUUCCGGGAGCCUGUAUGAGAUUAAUUUAAUAUAGUCCUCCCUUUAUGUUACUAGUGCUUGUUGAUGGUAAUUCAACCCACUUACAUAACCACACCAUAUUGAUUUCAGAGUGAAGAGGCCUUAUAUUUGUAUUUUUACAGUUGUGCAACUUCAGAACCACUCUAUCUGAAGUUUAAAUCACAGUUCUUAAAGAUAAUUCCCUAAAGUAUCCACUGCCAGCUAAAUAAUCUGGCAUGCUUUAGGCAAAACAAACUUUCUGAUUUGUUGCAAUCAGGGGAACUUGUUGGCAGUACAAACUGUAAAAUGAGUUUGCAAUUGGAAAUUUGACCACAUGCAGAGAUAAAAAAAAAAAAAAACAAUGUGUAAAUACAGUUUGCAAUACAGAUUACUACCAUGUUAGAUAAAUGUUCCAGGUUCAAUAUAAGUUUAUUAAGCAUUUGUGGUGUAAUAACUACAAAAAAUAUUUUCGUUUUUUCAAUUUUCUUUUUUAGAAAAAGCAGUGAGGCACUUUCAACUGAAGUCAAGGGCCAGUCCAUAAACUUAAAAAACACACUGUUUCAAAAGUAUAGCUACAAGAUGUAAACUAUAUGCAUGUAAACAUGAUUUCAGUGUGAUAAAAUUGCUUACUAGUUAUAUUCGAGUCAAAACCAAAACUGGAUUUACAAGGUUUCGAAAUUGUAAUAUUAGAUAUAACUUUACACAGAUAAGGUUAGUAAGUUAAUCACAUUAAAAUCGUGUUAACACAUACAAUGUUUAUGUCUUGUGGCUAUAACAUGGUGUAUUUUAAUGUAAAUGGACUGGCCCCAUUAACUUCCAUUGUAAGCACCUAACAGUAACUGUGAUUUUGGAUUUUUUUUAAAAAAAAUUUUAAGCAAAUUAAGGGACAGUCAAAAUUAUUUUUUGUGGAAAUCAACAUUGUCACAAAUACUGUCGAUUCAGCUUAACCCUCAGGGGUUGACGGAUGCGUCGGCGCGUCCUGCUGGAUUUUUUCCUCAUAACAGCGGAAACAACUUAAAAUACUCCGCCAUUUUUGGGCAUACAGAUAAGUGUAAGACAUCAUUAGAAACUAAUAAAGGGUCUACUUUUAUUUGUGUCCACUCACAAUAACAACAAAACCUUGUGCUUUUGUAAAAUAAAGAAUAUAAACGGUGCGCUUUCAGCCGUCUCUGUCUCCGCGAGCAUCUUUCUGAAACACGUCACAAAAAUGAACUGAAACUCAUCACACAAACAUGAAACAUAUGUCUAAAGAAAGCUUAAAAUGUCUACUUUUAAAUAAAACAAUUCAAAUUUAAAACAAAUAUUCUCCUGCAAUGUAAUCUGUAUGAAACAAAGCGAUGUACAGUUUCUUCUGGCUCAGCUAAUUAUCACAAAUGUGAUCACACCCACCAGCAGAGCGCGCUAUUCAUACGGUAAUGUGCUGAGAUG